AUGUUCGUUCGGUUGGUGUAUCAUUUUUUAACCCCCCUGCUGAUCACCAAUUUACACAUGUGCCUCGAAAUCGAUUUUUGUGAACUUGUGCAAUUCUCCAAUGCCCCCAGUCAGAAGGAGGGGAUAAGAACGGAUACCAGCAUGGUUUUUGAAAUAAACGCUUUUAAGCAGGUCUUCCAUCUGAAUAUCAUACCGGACUCUAGUUUUCUGGCACCUGAUGUCGCAUAUGAGAAACAUCCAGCAGAAGUAUCCUCAUCUCUGCACCGCUGCUUCUAUUCCGGGGAUGUGAACUCGGACCCUUCCUCCUCCGCGGCUCUCAGUGUGUGUGGAGGAGUGCGCGGCGCGUUUUCUUAUAACGGUAUGGAAUACGAUUUCCACGUUAGAGGGAAUGAGACAGUUGAUGGAUUUCCCUUAAGCGCUGGAAAGACGCACGUUAUACGCCGCCGCACUUCACAUAAUGAUGUCACUUCAAGAUGCGGAGUGACAUCUGGAAUAAACCAAGGCACAGCAGGAUCAGUGCAUAUGUCCGGGCGCGUAAAGGCGCACGCACAAAUCCAAACUAAGGCUGUACUGAAAGGCAUAAACAGGGCCAAAAGGUUCGUUUCUCUGCCCAGGUAUGUGGAGGUGUUGAUUGUAGCUGACGAGUCCAUGGCCAAAUUCCAUGGGGACGACCUGAGACAUUACCUUUUGACUCUCAUGGCUGUUGCUGCCAAGCUGUACCGGCACCCCAGCAUCAUGAACCUCAUCAACAUUGUAGUAGUGGACAUGCUGGUGAUUUAUGAGCCUGAGGAAGGACCCAAGAUCUCCAGCAAUGCUGCUCUCACACUGCGCAACUUCUGCACCUGGCAGAGAAGGUUGAACAAGGUGAAUGACAAACACCCUGAGUACUGGGACACGGCUAUUCUGUUCACAAAGCAGGACUUGUGUGGGGCUACAACCUGUGACACUCUGGGCAUGGCUGAUGUUGGAACCAUGUGUGAUCCCGAAAGAAGCUGUUCAGUUAUUGAGGAUGAUGGCCUACCCUCAGCCUUCACCACAGCACAUGAAUUAGGCCAUGUCCUCAAUAUGCCACAUGACAGUGUGAAGGCCUGUGAGAUGUUUGGGAAACUCAGAGACAACCACAUGAUGUCCCCUACCCUCAUCCAGAUUGAUCACCACAACCCCUGGUCCAGCUGCAGUGCGGCUUUUGUGACCAACUUCCUGGAUGCCAGCUAUGGUGACUGUCUACUAGACAAGCCCCAGAAGCUGCUUGCGCUACCAGAUGAGCCCCCUGGAACUGCCUACAGCCUCAGUCGCCAAUGUGAGUUAGCUUUCGGCUCUGGGUCCAAGCCCUGCCCAUACAUGCAAGCCUGCUCAAAGCUGUGGUGUACAGGAAAGACCAGGGGACAGCUGGUAUGCCAGACUCGCCACUUCCCCUGGGCUGAUGGCACCAGCUGUGGCAACAACAGGAUAUGCUACAGGGGUGCUUGCACUAAUAAGAACGCCACCACUAAACUUACGGUGGAUGGACAGUGGGCUAAAUGGGGAGCAUAUGGAUCUUGCUCUCGAACAUGUGGAGGAGGAGUUCAGCUGGCAAAAAGGGAGUGCAGGAACCCUGUUCCAGAAAAUGGGGGCAAAUACUGCCAAGGCCUCCGUAUAAAAUAUCGCUCCUGCAAUCUGGAGCCAUGCAAAUAUUCAGGGAAAAGUUUUCGUGAGGAGCAAUGCGAGUCCUUCAAUAACUUCAGCCUCAACACAAAUAGACUUGGAUCCUCUGUGAUGUGGGUCCCUAAAUACUCCGGAGUUUCUCCAAAAGAUAGAUGCAAGCUUAUCUGCAGAGCCAGUGGCACAGGAUACUUUUACAUACUUGCUCCAAAGGUUGUGGAUGGAACGCUCUGCUCCCCAGAUACUUCAGCAGUCUGUGUUCAAGGGAAGUGCAUUAAAGCAGGUUGUGAUGGAAAGUUGAGCUCCAACUUAAAGUUUGACAAGUGUGGAGUGUGUGGCGGGAACAACCAGAACUGCCAGAAAUUCUCUGGAGUGUUCACCAAACCUGUACAUGGAUAUAACUUUAUAAUCACUCUACCAGUUGGAGCCUCAAAUAUAGACAUCAGGCAACGUGGUUACCGCGGUUUGGUAAAUGAUGACAACUACUUAGCCAUCAAGAACAUUCAUGGUCAGUAUCUUCUCAAUGGGAAUUACGUGGUAUCUACUGUUGGGCAACACAUCAUUGUAAAUGGCACAACACUAUGCUACAGUGGGACAUCCACAGCUGUGGAGAAGCUGCAGGCAAUGAGACCUCUCCAGGAGCCUCUGACAGUGGAGGUGCUGUCUGUGGGGAAAAUGACACCUCCCCGUGUGCGCUAUUCAUACUACCUGACCAAGAACAAGGAGGGGAAGAUUCUGAAGAAAGAUGAGAGGAAGUAUGUACAGAACAGCAUUCUGGUAGACACCAACAAGGCGCAACUAAAAAAGUUAGUCUAUCAGAAAACUUCCAGUAAAUGGGUUACCAGUGACUGGCAAGAAUGUUCUGUAAGCUGUGGCAAUGGCUUUCAGAAAAGACUUGUCCAGUGUCUGGACUCAAAUGGGAAAGCUACUGCAUACUGUGACAGCACUCAAAAGCCUAGUUCUCAGAAGGUGUGUAGUAACUCUUGCCCUAUGUGGAGAAUUGGUGAGUGGUCUGCUUGCUCAAAAAGCUGUGGGAAAGGUUUCAGGAGGCGGCCUCUACACUGUAUCACUCAAACCGGGCUACUCCUAACCAGAGACCACUGCUCAAGCAAGAAGAAGCCCCAAGAACUGGAUUUCUGUACUGUUCAAACCUGCUAGAGACUAGUUAAGACUUGCUAUAACUUCUUUAGGCAUUACAAACAUGGUCUAUAGAGCAGUUCUUUUCAGUCUAAAUAAACAUCCUUGAUUUAUUUUGCUGUCACUUGUGUGUCUCAUGGUACCUCACCUGUGUACUAUGAUUCAACGGGAGACAGUGACUGGUGAGACUGCAGGCACACAUGAUUGAAAACAUAACUUUAUCAUUUUUGUGAUGAUUUGAAGUUACGCAUA